CUCUCGCUCUUUUUCUCCCUAGGUGUAUACUAAAACAGCAUCAGCAACGGCGGUGAUGGCAUUGCAUCCGUGACUCUCUUCCCUGUACGAGAGAGUGACUUAAGACUUCACUGUGAAUUUCUACAUCUUUCGAGUCGAAGUAUUUUUAUUGAAAUAUAUCUUCAACUUACGUGAACUUGGUGUGUUUCCAGUUUUUCAAGAACCAGCAUCCGUUUGUUUCCAAGUUUUAUUCUGUGUAUUGUUAAGUGCAUUCAGUGCAGUUCUUCGAAACUUCCGGUAGUUUUCUGGGAAUUGUGUAAUUGCGUAUUCAGUGAAGAGUACCGAUUAAGUACUUGUGCUUGGAAACAAAAAAGAGAAAAACCAAAGAAAUAAAAUAUCAAGUCAGUUAGUUCUUGUGAUUUUUGAGUGCACCGAAGUUUCAAGUUUUCGCAAGCUUUUUGAUUUUUUUGCUAGUGCUGCGUAAUAGUGUUUAGUUCAGCGUGACAGUAUCAUACGCAGGAUGUAUCAUCAGAACAACCCCGGCCCGCUUUCGCCCCCGGCCUCGCCACAGCUAAACCAGAUCCAUAUUGAGCCCGUACAGCCUUCCGUAUUCAGCGUUGCAGUACUGCUCGGCGAAAAGCUCGCCAAUAAUACUGUAACUGAUAAGGCAUCUGAGCCCCAGCAGCAAUGCAUGGCACUGCCACCUACGCCACAGCCCUCGGACUCGGAAGAGGAGCUCGAGCCGCCACGAAAGCGCCAGUGUCUCGAGCAGUGCGAGCUCGCCAAGCUCUUAUUAGACGGGCCGAGUACGACACCACCCCCGAGCCCAGAACCCUCACCAACACCAUUAGCAGCAACUACCCGAGUCUCGGUGAUCAUGCGAGCGAACCUCGACGGGACUUGCACACCUGCCGAUCUUGCCAGUAUCUGCAACCAAACUCAAUUGGUUGAAAAAGCAUCCAUUCCCAAAGACGCUCCCAAGAUCCAGCAGCAAAGCACCCACGAUUACUACACCAAUCCGUCGGAGAACAUCCUCAAGAGUAUCAAAUUCAAGAUGAGCCUGCGCAAGGAGGAAAUCAUCGUUAACAACAAAAACACCGACCGUGAGCAGCUCAUUGCUAGCUGUCCCAUCGUAAAUAACAACAACCACCAACAACAGCAAAAGCCCAAUCCAUUAUCUAGCAGCCCGAGCCAAAUCCAACCAAAGCAACUCCAACCUCUGGCUCCCAAGCCCGCGCCUAUAGUCGUUACCGGUUUACUGAGCUCGUCCCUGGUCCUUCCCCGAGCACCACUGCUACUCGUAACAACGACUGCACCGCAUACCACCACGACAAGCAGUAAAAAUAACAACAGCAGUAGUUCUUCUUCCAACAGUAACAGUGGCUCCUCCUCCUCCUCCUCCUCCGUGCAUCAGGACUUUUCAGGCCGUAGACGUGUCUACGAGUGCGAUGCACCCGGGUGUGGUAAAAACUACUUCAAGUCGUCCCACUUGAAGGCCCACAAGCGCACCCACACGGGCGAGCGUCCCUUUCCCUGCCCGUACGAGGACUGCGAGCGCAAGUUCUCGCGUAGCGACGAGCUCUCCCGGCACAAGCGUACCCACACCGGCGAGAAAAAGUUCGCCUGUGCCGUCUGCCAGAGGCGCUUCAUGCGCAGUGACCAUUUGGCCAAGCACGUCAAACGCCACGCUCGCGACCGAGCCACCAACAACUCGGCCCCGGGUCCCAUACCCGGGGCAGGAGCGCACCAGCAGGCCCCCGCGCUCAGGCUCAGUUUGCUACCCCUUUUGGCGCCCAAACAGUCCACAACACUCGUUGUGUAAAAAUAUAUACAUGGUUGCUACUGCAGCUGCUGAGCUACAUUAACACCUGCGAUGCCUAAGUACACACUACGGUGGCGACCGAGAACUGCUAGAUCGCACUGUCCCUCGGAAGGGGACUCCAGGCCCAUUCGCUGUGCCUUUACAGUUCACGUGGCUCGCUUUGGUGAUUGUACGUUGUUACAAGUGUCUUUGCGUAUGCUACAACGAGCUAUACGGAGGUUGUGACGUGGAUGUCGGAUGUAAAAGAAGACAGGAGCAAACCGUUGUCCCCUGCGCUAUAUCUUUCUCUGAUUUCUACCGCGUUCGUUUUCUCUCUUCUUCUUCUGUUCCAGCUGUAUUUUGUACAUGUGCAGACAAAGAGGCUUUUCCGCACCUAACCCUGUAUUGGAGAGGAUGGGGAGCUGUGAAUACAAAUAUGUUGCAGCAGCACUUGACGAUUGAUGUGCAAUCGUAUGCCCAAGUGAUCGCGAGUUCACACGCUUUUUCUCGGAAAAUUUCUAACCGAAGUUUUGCGUAGUUAAUAUAAGUAUAUCGGUUGUGUUCGAAUGAGAAAUGGUUGAGGGAAAAAAACAGAAUUUAAAAAUGAAAACGCUCGUUAGUGGUGGUGCGAAAGAUAAAAUGAUGAUGGUAAUGAUGAAUACGUUGAGUAAUGACAUGUAUGAUUACAUCAGCACAUAAGUUGUACCUACCGAUUGCGCUACCGGUAAAUGUGUACCUAAAGUGUGUCUGUGAUCGUGUUUCACGUUUUAUUUAAUUUAAUUUAUUUUUUUCUUUCAUAAUUAUUAGAUACAUAGUGCAAAUUCAAUGCAAUACGGUUAAAUUACAUUCGAAUUAUUAACAUAAAUACGGUAUCGUUGUUAUUAAUGAAUGAUGUAUAUAUUGGAUCUGUACGUCGUGCUAUAUUGUUAUUAUGAAUGCUAUUUUUAAUGAAAAAAUCAAACAUGAUUAAUUUUUACGGAAAAGAUGUUGGUAUAUCGCAUAUUAUAUCUAUACAUUAACCACGACGCUUGCGUAGCCGUGCUACAGCAUUUCGUAUACAUUUUCCAAUAAGUCUAUUGUUGUUUACGUUGACAAUUUUUUCUUUCUUAUUUGUAAUGUACAUUAAUUAUGCGCGCGCCUACGAUUAACGCCAUAAGAUUGUAAAUACUCUAUGAUAAUUUUAUGUACAAUUUCAUGUAAAUAUUGUGUAUGUAAGGCGAUAGAAAUACAAAGAAUAAGAAGAUUUGCAUAAUAUCUUUCAAAGGAUGAAGAUAUAUAUCUACAUGCUAUUGUUUAUUUUUAAUCAGCAUACAUAAUGUCGCAAAAUAAUGAUACCUUAUCGAGGCAUUAAAUGAUCUUGAA